UGACGGCCACCCGGAAAAUUUUCAUAGAGCUCACAUCACAAGGAUUUCGCGUUCAAUAAGUUACUAGUUGCAGAACAAAGGAAAAUGUCGGUCGAAGUGAGAGCUGGUCGACCUACCAUGCCAACGAUUCCGCACCCCAAAAGGCCAACAAUUUUGGUAUAUCCGACGGUUACGCCGGAGAAUAUAAUUAUACCUAUCGUGUCCUGCAUUCUGGGAUUUCCGCUGUUAGCGUUAAUGGUAAUUUGCUGUUUACGGAGGAGAGCGAAACUCGCCAGGGAACGGGCUCGGCGAAGAAACUGUGAUUUGGAUCAUGGCGCAUUGAGCCUCGUCCGUUUCAGUCCGGUUCAUCGCCUAGCAUCGAGAGAGGAUUUAGCUGGCAUCGAUCGACCGGCACGUACGGUAUCCUUAAGAGGUGAUAGAGGAUCCCGAGCCUUCUCAUCCCUGGAGUUAGACACCGUCGUCGAGGAGCGCUCAGAUCCCGAGCAGAGCACCGCUCUCGAAUUAAGUAGUCCCGACUAGCAUCCGGAUUUGGCACCGUCGAGGUCUCCACGACCAUCGAAAUCUUUGACGGUGCCGUUGCCUGUGGAUCAUAGUCCGCUGUGGACGGCUUUGACACACGCUAAUGCGGUCUCUGCGGCGUUAGGAGACACCUAGCAGGAGGUGAAAGACGGCAGCUAUAUCGAAACUCUCGUCCUAGAUCUGCCAAUCAUUUACUGACCGGCCUCUCUGAAAAUGUCUCUUGGAGCAUCGGAAGGAAAUCGGAUGUCUGUACUCAAGCACUACCAUAUCGCGAUGAUUGUACAAAAUAUCAGAAAAAUAUACAAUGCUUUUAUGUCAAAAGAAAUAAAAUAAAAUUUACAAUAAGAUGAUGUUCGAAAAAUAAAGCAUCGUAUUUCUUUUGUGUGAAUGUGUGCGUGUACGCCGUAACUAAACAUUACGACCGACAUGAAAUUUUGUACUAUUUACUCGUAACAUUUGCGAGUAGAGCUUUUUACACGAUAAUUAAAAUCCAAAACGUACGCGGUCACUGUAGGAAGUAGCUGGUCUACAAUACUAAUAUAUCAAUGUAAAUACAGAUUUCUAAUUAAUGUAAAACUAAAUUAUAUGA